AUGGGUAUCCCUAGACUGCAAAAGGUUCGCACCUUCGCUUUUGGUGUACAGGGCGAGAAAAACCUGCCUUGUAAUGAUAAGUACAUCAUCGUGUACGACUUCAGUGAAGCCGAAACCGAUGAGGCGAUAAAAGAGUUCAGCACCCUGUUAGAGGAUGUCAAAUCUGUAGGCUUGCAUACCGAAGUACGUGCAGGCUACAAUCAGACAUUGCUUGUCUUCGUCCAAGCACCUCGUGAACUGCUCGGUAACACCGUUUACCGUUCGCGGGUCAAAGAUUGGCUUUAUGGAAUCACCAAGCAGCAUCCCGGUGGCAAUCGUGACACCGUCGUCGAUGGAGAUUUUGAAGCCGAGGACAUCUUGUCCAUGUACCAUUUGGUAAAUUGGCGCAAAGAGCUUGGUGGUGCUGGGAUCACUCCCGAGUUCGGAAAAUGGAAGAAUGUGAAAUCCAUAUUUCCGCUUCACAACAUAUCAGCAAACGAAGACCUUCUUUACCAUCUGAGCAAAAAAUUGCUGCUCAGCGCUGAAGACCUUGACCGCAUUCGAGACCUCUGGGGCGCCAAGGUUGCUUUCUAUUUUGCCUUUUUACAGACAUAUUUCGUCUUCCUUAUAAUUCCUUGCGUGGCAGGUAUCUUCGCUUGGCAAUUUCUUCCGCAGUACUCGCUUUCCUUUGCUUUUAUAAUUGGCUUUUGGUGUACUGUUUUUCUUGAGUAUUGGAAAAUCCAGGAGACAGACCUUUCCAUCCGCUGGAAAGUGCGCGGAGUGGGAGGCUUGAAAGUCAACCGACCGCAAUUUCAGUACGAAAAAGAGUUCGUUGAUGCUGCUGGUAGAGUACAGCAAUUUUUUCCUCGAUGGAAGCAGAUUGCUCGACAGUCAGUCGUUAUUCCUUUCGUUCUGCUAAGUCUGCUUUUGCUGGGCAUCCUUAUCGUUGUCGUCUUUGCGAUUGAGAUUUACAUUAGCGAGGCAUAUGAGGGACCUUACAAGUUCUAUCUGGAGUACCUUCCUACCGUUCUGCUUGCGAUAUUGCUACCAUAUAUCGGCAACACGCUCGAGGACAUUGCAUCCACCAUGACGGAGUUUGAAAAUCACCGAACGCAAGACAAUUACGAAAUGUCCCUGACGCAGAAGAUUUUCGUGCUGAACUCGAUUACGAAUUACUUACCUAUCUUACUGACGGCAUUUGUAUACGUACCUUUUGGUGACAUUCUAGUCCCGCAGUUGCAGAAUAACUUGCACAAAACGUUCGGAGCAUCCAUUGGCAAAUUCGACUUCAAGAGCGAUGCAGACAGACUACGGAACGAGGUCAUAGCUCUUACUGUUACUGGUCAGAUCUCCAACCUUGGAGAAGAAUUGGUCUUCCCUUAUCUCAAGACCCGCUUCAGGGAAUGGUGGCGAGAACACCAAGCAAAGAAUGCCGAUGCUGAUAACUUGCUCGAGGACGAUCCUUCUGAAACGAAAACGCUCAAACGCGCGCGAAAGCAAGCCCUCUUAUCGCCUUACAAUGUUCAAGAUGAUAUUUCGGAGAUGGUCAUACAAUUUGGAUACCUCGCCUUGUUCUCCCCUGUCUGGCCUUUGAUACCGAUUGGUUUCUUAAUCAAUAACUGGAUCGAAUUGCGUUCCGACUUCCUGAAGAUAUGUAUCGAGCACCAGCGCCCAACACCGGUUCGAGGCGACGGAAUAGGACCUUGGAUUACUAGUUUGGAGGCUUUGACGUGGCUCGGCAGCGUUUCGAGUGCAGCGAUUGUUCACUUGUUCGGGCAGCAUCAUUAUGCAAUGGGCAUCAUGCAGACUACGAUGGGCAAAUGGUGCUCGCUACCACUGACCAUCUUUGUCUCGGAGCAUAUAUUCCUCGCAUUUAGGGCAGCGGUGCGGUUCUCCCUCCAGAAGAUUGGAUCGAGACAGAUACGUAAGGAGAGGAACGAAAGAUAUGCGGAAAGGAAGAAGUAUCUCGACGAGCUGGAGAGCAGUACCACUAAAUCAGGCCAUCUUGACGUCGUCGAAAGAGAGCGAAGGAAGAGUGUACGAAUGACGUCCGAGGAUGUAUUCUGGACAAGGCAAGCAGAGGAGGGCGUGAGCAAUGAAGUUGGCAUUGGGUUGAUAAGGGCUGCGAAACAAAAGGAGGAGCAAGGAAGGGGAAUCACCAAGGUUGAUUGA